UAAAGUAUUACAAAAAUAAUCAAACACUAUAGGAACAUUUUAAAGGAAAAUCACAGAGCCAUGUCGGCAAUAUUAAUUAACUCUAAAACAACAUCAGUAAUAUUAAUUAGUCAUACAAAAAUAAUCAUUCAAUAAAGAAACAGAAAUAUAAAAAUUAAGUCUACAUUACUUGUUAUUGCAAAGCAAACUGUCAUGGCAUUUCGAGUUACACAAGUUUGCCUUUUUUCUUACAAAAGCACAUCUUCGACAUACACGCCUUCUUAAACAAACAGCGAACAAAUCCUUGGCCUGUUCCUAAGGUUGUUCUCCUGGCAGCAGUUCUUAAAGAUACAUUUGUCUCUGGCACUCCUUCUAGUAGCAAGAAUUUUUUUUUGGACAUGUCGAAUUCUGACCUGAUCAAGUACAUUUAAGUUUUCAAAUAGGUUCAUACUUAUUUUAAAUUGAAUCUUUAAUUAAUAAUAAUUAUGGUAAAUUGUGCCCAAAAAAGGAGGAAAUUUUUUUCAUAAUAAUUAGACUUCAAAAUAUUAACAAAUUAACUGCAUAGUUAGAUACAUUAAACAGUGACACAAUUGAACAAUACAUACUUGUAAUACAAUUUAUCGAGUAUCCCAUAUUUUGUUCCAAAUUUAUGCAAACCUUGUUCAUCCUUUUGAAGAAUCACUCCGAUAAUAUUACGGAGAUCUGCUUUUGCUCUGUUGACAUCAGGGAUUGGUAUAAAUAUGUUAUCACCGAUUUAUACAGGAGCGUGUAUUGAAUCCGAAGCCAAUUUCAUUCUCUGGGCCUGUUAUUCCAAGUUUAGAUGAGCUUUUUCUCUGGCUGCUAUUAUUUGGGUCUGUUGAUUUGCAUUAGCUACAGAUUCUGGAUGUUCGUCACUAGCUGGUAUUAUUUGAGGUUCUGCAUUCGUACUAGCUGCAGCUUCUUGGUCUUCUUGACUGGCUACUAUUGUAAUUAGAGACUGUAAGCGUUAUCACAUGUUAGCUGAAUGAACUUUGACCUCGGUCGAAAUAGUUUUUAUUAAACCAUUUUGUAAAAACUGGUUUUGUCAUCAGAUUCAUUUUUGACUAGCAGUAAAUUCUAGUUAUAACAAAGACAUCCAGUAUAAACUAGUUUCAACUAGUUAAAAUGCAUCCUAACUAAAAACUGGUUUUGACUGCAACAUAUACAUAGGCAAACUGGAAUAGUUAUUGAUGAUUUUUCUGAUGUCACAGGGCUUAAUGUACUGUACUUUAAUAUAUUAUGUAAUUUCUUAUAUAGUUUUACCAUUAUAUAUAAUAAGGACUGAAGAGGGGCAUUGGCCCAUGUUAUGUUAAUGGCUGCAUUCAACAGACAACAGCUCUGAAACUGUUGAGUACUUUUCUGCUGAACACCCUCUACAAUAGUGCUGUUUUGGCACAUGCUUGAUGUUUUGACAUCAUAUUUAGUAGCAUCUUUCAUUUAUGUUACUUAUCACUAUCUGCAACUGACCAAUGAUUCUUGUUCCAAUGAUACAUCACUCAUUGUUCAGCAGAUGUAACUACAUAAUAGAUACUGAUUGAAACACCUUUACUCAGUUACAACUGUUUACUCUGCUGAAUGCAGAUAAUUGGAAAAUUUUUCAUUGUAAAAACAUACCCAACAUUUGAAAUACAGCAAAGCUCUUGCCAUUUUUUUUAAUACCAAUCUAUUUUCCCAUUUAUCUCAAAAAAAAUAAAGUAUAUUUUUCACCAGGGCUUGGAGUCUUGUCGAGAGGUUUCGGCAAGAGUAUGGAUGGAUUUUUAGCAUUCAUAUCCAAGUCACUCAGUAAUUAGUAUAUGAUGCAACCUAAUUUGCGAGAACCUCGAUCAAAACGUUUUGCUCCAUAUUUUGCUCAAAAAGAAUUAUUGCCUUUUGAAACAAUUGAAAAAAAUGGAAAAAAAUAUAUAAUACAGGAGAAUUAUGUUGGAUAUUUAACAGCAAUAGGAGUUGAAAUAAAAGAUGAAAGAAGCAUACAUCAGUUACAUGAAAAGGGAAACUUUGGCAUAGGAUACUUAUCAAAAGAUAUACCUGAAUUUUCAGACAAAAGAAGAAGCUUAUCUAAUUUUGAUGAAAUUAAUGAGGAUGGUGAAUGUCAACAACACUGUCAGGAGACAAGUUUAAGUUCUAAAAAUCAGUAUGAAACAUUGUAUCUGAUGUUUGAAGAGGCAUUUUUUUUAUCAUAUGGAUUAGGUUGCUUAAUUGUAAAAGAAAGUAAUAAGGAAUUAAGUAUUUCUGAAAUGUGGAAAAAGUUUUGUUGGUUGGCAUUAGAUGGAAGAUUUCCAUGUAAAUACAUUGCUUAUCAUUAUUUUCGUAGCAAAGGCUGGAUAGUCAAAUCUGGAUUGAAAUAUGGAACAGAUUUUGUUUUGUACAAAGAUGGUCCAGCAUUUUAUCAUUCCACCUAUUGUGUUGUUGUACGCGAAGUAUCAUCAGAUUUUAACGAGCAGUCUUUAACAUGGUUGGAAUUACUUUCUUUAAACAGAGUUAAUGAACAUGUAGCUAAAGACACACUAUUAUGUUAUGUAAUGAAAAACAAAGAUACAGAUCUGUUAGAUCCUUCUUGUAUUCCAACAUUUAAUAUACAGGAAGUUCUAUUAAGAAGGUGGAUACCCUCUGAAGAAAGAGAAGACAAUUAGUUGAUUUGAAUAUUUUGUAAAUUAUAUAUUACAUAUUAUAACAUUCUUUUGAAUAAAUAAAAUACUUAAAUUUUCUGUACAGCUUCAUUUAAA